UCCCCAGGGGUCUAGGAUUCAGGUUUUGCCAGCCCUGGAAACUGAGGCUCAGGCACGCUGACCUCCGUGCCCUCCUCCAGGCAGCCUCCGGCUCCGAAUUUGGGAUCUCAGAUUAUAGAGCUGGCGCCAGGCUUCCACGCACCUUUUCUGCAGCCUGGUGGGCUCUGGGCCUGUUGCUCCAUCAGCCACCUCUGCAGAUCACUUUGCUUGGGGGAAGGCCGGGGAAAAUACGGGAUGAAAAGUAACGCUUUGGAAGUAACUUCUUGUGAUGGAGCCAGAGUCCAGGUUCAGACCAUGAAUUACGUGGGGCAGUUGGCCGGCCAGGUGUUUGUGACCGUGAAGGAGCUCUACAAAGGGCUGAACCCCGCCACACUGUCUGGAUGCAUUGACAUCAUCGUCAUCCGCCAGCCCAAUGGCAGUCUACAGUGCUCUCCUUUCCAUGUCCGCUUUGGGAAGAUGGGUGUCCUACGCUCCCGGGAGAAAGUGGUGGACAUUGAAAUCAAUGGGGAGUCUGUGGAUUUGCACAUGAAAUUAGGAGAUAAUGGAGAAGCAUUUUUCGUUCAAGAGACUGAUAACGAUCAGGAAGUGAUCCCCAUGUACCUGGCCACAUCUCCCAUCCUGUCAGAAGGAACUUCGAGAAUGGAGAGCCAGCUGAAAAGGAACUCUGUCGAUAGAAUCAGGAACCUGGAUCCCACCACAACUGCCCAGGGUUUGCCUGCCAGUGACACCCCAUCCUCUGGUUCUCUGGGGAAGAAGAGAAGAAAAAGGAGGAGGAAGUCUCAACUGGACAGUCUCAAAAGAGAUGAUAACACCAACACAUCUGAGGAUGAGGACAUGUUUCCCAUAGAGAUGAGCUCUGAUGAGGACUCAGGGCCAAUGGAUGGAAGCAGAACGCUUCUUAAUGACAUACCACCAUUCCAAGAUGAUAUUCCUAAAGAAAACCUUCUCUCAGUUUCCACUUACCCCCAGUCGGCAUCCUACCCCAAUUCAGAUAGAGAGUGGUCUCCCAAUCCCAGCAGCCUGGUAGAUUGCCAAAGGACCCCCCCUCAUCUUGCAGUUGUCACGGAGGGAGUCCUUUCUAGCUCUUGCCCUCCACAGUCUUCCCACUUCCAUGCUUCGGAAAGUCCUUCAGGCUCCCGGCCCUCAACACCAAAAAGUGAUUCUGAGUUGGUCAGUAAGUCCACGGACAGGUCUACACAGAAGGAUAGCCUGCAGAUGCUCUGGUUUUGGGGUGAAUUGCCACAGGCUGCAAAGUCAUCUUCUCCACACAAGAUGAAAGAGUCCAGCCCCUUAUGCAGUCGGAAGAUUUCUGAUAAAAUCCACUUUCAGACCAUUCAUAGUGAAUCUUCAGACACGUUUAGUGACCAGUCACCAACACUGGCCCAGGGGCCAUUCACAGAUCAGGACAAGGCUCAGACAGAAAUGCAGUUUGUGAAUGAAGAGGACCUGGAGGCCUUAGGAGCAGCUGCUCCACCUUUACCAUUGACUGAAGAACUCAAGCCCCCCGCUGCCAGCACAACACAGGCGGCGAGCAAGACAGACUCUCCUUCCAGGAAAAAAGAUAAACGGAGUCGACACCUUGGAGCUGAUGGUGUUUACUUGGAUGACCUCACAGACAUGGACCCUGAAGUAGCAGCCCUGUAUUUCCCCAAAAAUGGCGAUCCUGCUGGACUCCCCAAACAUGCCAGUGACAACGUAGCCCGGUCAGCUAACCAGUCCCCACAGUCCAUGGGCAGUUCGGGCAUCGACAGUGGCGUGGAAAGCACAUCGGAUGGCCUGAGAGACCUGCCAUCCAUAGCCAUCUCCCUCUGUGGAGGCCUCAGUGACCACCGGGAGAUCACAAAAGAUGCAUUUUUGGAGCAAGCUGUGUCAUAUCAGCAAUUUGCUGAUAACCCAGCCAUCAUCGAUGACCCCAAUCUUGUGGUCAAGAUCGGCAAUAAAUACUACAACUGGACAACAGCAGCACCUUUACUUCUGGCAAUGCAGGCCUUCCAGAAACCUUUGCCAAAGGCCACUGUGGAAUCUCUCAUGAGAGAUAAGAUGCCCAAAAAGGGAGGGAGAUGGUGGUUUUCCUGGAGGGGAAGGAACACCACAAUAAAAGAGGAAAGCAAGCCGGAGCAGUGCCUGCCUGGCAAAGGCCACAGUACUGGAGAGCAGCCAUCACAGCUUGGCCUGGCCACCAGAAUAAAGCAUGAGUCAUCCUCCAGUGAUGAAGAGCACGCAGCUGCCAAGCCGGCAAACUCAAGCCACCUCUCUCUUUUGUCUAACGUGAGCUACAAAAAGACUCUGCGGCUCACAUCAGAGCAGCUGAAAAGCUUGAAGUUGAAGAAUGGCCCUAAUGAUGUGGUUUUUAGUGUCACUACACAGUACCAGGGCACCUGUCGCUGUGAAGGCACCAUCUACCUGUGGAAUUGGGAUGAUAAAGUCAUCAUCUCUGAUAUCGAUGGGACUAUCACGAGAUCAGACACUCUUGGCCAUAUUUUACCCACACUUGGGAAGGAUUGGACUCAUCAGGGCAUUGCAAAGCUGUACCAUAAAGUGAGCCAGAAUGGAUACAAGUUUCUCUACUGUUCUGCACGGGCCAUCGGGAUGGCAGACAUGACGAGGGGCUACUUGCACUGGGUCAACGAAAGGGGCACGGUGCUGCCACAGGGGCCACUGCUGCUCAGCCCAAGCAGCCUCUUCUCUGCCUUGCACAGAGAAGUGAUUGAAAAGAAACCAGAAAAGUUCAAAGUCCAGUGUUUGACAGACAUCAAAAACCUGUUUUUCCCAAAUACAGAGCCCUUUUACGCUGCUUUUGGGAACCGGCCUGCUGAUGUGUAUUCCUACAAGCAAGUGGGAGUGUCCCUGAAUAGGAUCUUCACUGUCAACCCCAAGGGCGAGCUGGUGCAGGAGCAUGCCAAGACCAACAUUUCCUCGUAUGUGAGACUCUGUGAAGUGGUUGACCACGUCUUCCCACUGCUGAAAAGAGGCCAUUCCUCCGACUUCCCCUGCUCAGAUACUUUCAGUAACUUCACUUUUUGGAGAGAACCACCCCCACCAUUUGAAAACCAAGAUGUACAUUCUGCCUCAGCUUGAUGUGAACAAGCAGCCUCUUAGAAUGGGAGAGAUCCUGGACGUCACCCAUUAAAGGAUAGGUUAUGGGGACCCUGGAGCAGCUGGGAAGCCUGAUAUGCGUCCAUCUGUGUAGAGAGAAGCAUUUCUUCCCACCUGUCCUGUCCUGUCCUGGGGUGAUGUUUUUAACUCCGUGUGGAGGGCUGAUAGAAGUUGCAUCUUCUGGGCUGCAGACCAGUUGGGUACACUACUAGCCUGCAAAACACUCCUUUGUCGUGGCUUAACAUCCACAAUGCUGCUCCCACCCUGCUCCAGCAAUUAGUUCUCAGUUAAUGUGCAAUAUUGGGUGAUGAAUCCUAAUCAGAAGGGGGCGGCUACCUGAGAGCUUCCGUGCUAAUCAGUGCCCACCCAGGAACCCUGUGGAUGCACACAGUGCUUGGUAGUGUUGGGGGCCUGUUUCAGUGACAGUGAAGUUUGUGCUACCUUCUGCUCCUAGGGGAGGACUGUGAAGGGUCACAUGACCUGAAUCUGAGCGCUCUCAGCCUUGGCCCCCUGAGCCUUGGCCUUGGCCUUAGAGAUGUUCCCUGGCAGUAUUUGCUGACUUGGUCUCAUUUUUAGGUAAUAAUCUCUUUAAUUGCCUUGGUUAAAGAUGGCCUGUGCCACUGGCAUGUCCUUCCCAUUCUUCAUGGCUCAAGACUGGACUAUUUAUGCCUUAACACAUCUACAGCAGACAUUUAUUUAGAGUGUGCUGUCUAGCUAUCUGUAACUGCAAUGCCUUAUGUUAAAGUGAUAGCACAUUUCCCUAAGGCAGCAACCGCAUCGGUUAGCAUGCUGCUGUCCAUCUGGGAGGCAGCGCCAGCGUGGAUUGGAACAGCGCUUAUGCCAAAUGAUAACGAUGUCGACUUUUACUGGGAGCUCUCAAAAGAAACUGGUUGAUUUUAAGAAACAUAGUUUCCAGAAGUUAAAUUAUUUUCUUUGCAGAUAUUAUUUAUUACUUUACUCUCAUGGGUUGUUGUAAGCAUUUUAGCCAGAUCUUUUGGAUUACAACUGUCAUUAAUACAUUAAAAAAAAAGUGUGCUAGACUAUCCAAAGAGCCUUAUUCUGUGUAUUUCACACAUGGAUCUUCUGGAAUUUAUGAGCCGUUUAUUUUCCUUAGCUUCUUCCACUUGAAAAAGUAAUGAUUUGAGUGAUAUUCUUUAAGCUGAUAGAAGGUCGUUCGUUUACUUGUUAUACUGGCCCACGGAGAGAACAAUGUGAAAAACUAAGGAACUAUUUUGAGAAAAGAUUUUUGUUUUAUUUUUUGAAGUACUUUUUAAAAGAGUGUUUUACUCCAAGACUGAAACACCUUCCUAUUUAAAUUUCACUGUUAGAGUCAGAGGAGGAAUAAUGGAGCAGUCCAAUGAACUGUUACUCUUUCUGUGAAAGAAAAUCCAAAGUUGCUGCCUUUGUUGUUAUCAACCAGCUCUGUUAGGGAUGGAUGUAGUACACAUAGCUCAUAGGAAGGGAUAAUGCAAGGUGAAUAUCAGCUGUUGUAGACCACAGACAGAUGGAGAAACCUGGAUAUGAAUGUGUAGAUUCCCUCUUGAGGGUGUGGACAGUACUUAAGCAUAGUCCUGCCUUACUGAGCUCCUGGCUUAUUCUCUAGUGACCUUUGAGGCCACAGUAAUCUUUCUGCCACCAGGGUGCUUUUGAGUGUAUUUUAAUUGCUCUGGACUGAGUGCAAUCUCAUGGGCCUGCAGAGCUCUACAAGGCCUAUCAUACAUGGGGGACGGGUAGCUUGGGAUGUAGGGGUCUUAGGAAUCUCCCUUCAUCCACCCUCUGCAGUCCCAUGUCCAAGCAGAGCCUAGAGAACGUGCAAUGGCUUGACAGAGGGUCUCUGUAGCCAGGGCUGGCCUAGGACUCACUAUCUCAAACUCAGAGCAGUCCCGUCUCUGUCUCAGGCAGGAGCCACCACACCUGGCUUAGGACUCUAGUUUUGAGAUACCUUAAACUUCGCCAUCACUCUACACUGAAACAGAGCACACCUUCCACAAAACCACACUGUAGGAUCUCUGUCAAGUCAGCAUGAGCCCUGUAUAGGUUGUGCUAGGAACCUGCUGCGAGGCUCCUGAAAAUGAGGUCUGAAGUCAGCUGUACCCAGGCACACUCAGGUUGGCUUAUCUGCAUAUGCACCGUAACCCAGGGUCCCCAAGGUCACACGCCAGAAUGGUAUAUUUACAACACACAUUUCCAUCUUACCUAUGGAAAUGAGUUACUCCAUAGUGACAAGUCUUCAAAUGUUGAUCACACGUGAGGAAGGAGACUAUACCUGGUACAUUGCAGAAAAGUGGUCUUGUCUUCCAGAGAACUCCCCCUUCAUUUUCAGGUUUGGAUCACCACAGCAUAUUUAUGACAUUUGCUCUGUGUAUAUGCUGGUGCAAUGAUGAAAAUCACUGUAAUAUUUCAUUGUGUUGUGCUGGAUGCAAAGCUAGAAAGUACUAUAAUAAACAAGAUGGAUUAAAGACUUCUUUGAAAAUCGGG